UAAACAGGAUCCUGUUCACGCGCCAACGUCUAUUUUUGUGCGGUUGACUCGAGGCAUUCGUGUAGGGCCACCAUGCUACGCACCGGGAUUUCCAGAACUUUACGGCCGGUUUCACGGAUUUCUGCAUGCACGUAUUCCGCUGCAGCGAUUCCUGCACCAAACACUCAACCCGAUAUUCACUACAACAAGCUGUUUAUCAACAAUGAGUGGCAUGAUGCAGUGAACAAGAAAACUUUCCCUACCAUCAAUCCAGCCACAGGGGAAGUCAUCUGCCAGGUUGCAGAGGGGGAUAAGGCAGAUGUGGAUAAAGCAGUGAAGGCUGCCAAGGGUGCCUUCCGGCUGGGCUCGCCAUGGCGACGCAUGGACGCAUCAGAUCGUGGAAUGCUCCUGCACCGUUUGGCUGACUGCAUUGAGAGAGAUGCUGCCUAUCUCGCUGCACUAGAGACUCUAGACAACGGAAAGCCAUAUGCUGUGGCUUACACUGUGGAUGUGCCCAUGGUGUUAAAGUGCUUGAGGUACUAUGCUGGUUGGGCGGACAAAUGGGAGGGCAAGACCAUUCCCAUUGAUGGAGAUUACUUCUGCUACACCCGACAUGAGCCCAUUGGAGUGUGUGGCCAGAUUAUUCCUUGGAACUUCCCUCUGUUAAUGCAAGCAUGGAAGCUUGGCCCUGCCCUGGCUACUGGAAACACAGUCGUUAUGAAAGUGGCAGAGCAGACUCCUCUUACUGCACUCUAUGUGGCCAGUCUGAUAAAGGAGGUGGGCUUCCCUCCUGGUGUCGUGAACAUCGUCCCUGGAAUGGGCCCCUCUGCUGGGGCAGCCAUCGCUUCUCAUAUGGACGUGGACAAAGUCGCUUUUACGGGCUCCACUGAGGUAGGCCAACUAAUCCAGCAAACCUCAGGUGCCAGUAACCUGAAAAAAGUAACUCUGGAACUAGGAGGGAAGAGCCCCAAUAUCAUUUUGUCUGAUGCCAACAUGGAUGAAGCUGUGGACCAAGCCAACAUGGCCAUCUUCUUCAACCAGGGGCAGUGCUGCUGUGCUGGCUCACGCACAUAUGUACAGGAGAGCAUUUACAAUGAGUUUGUGGAGCGCAGUGUGGAGCGAGCAAAGAAGAGAGUGGUGGGAGAUCCCUUCAAUCUCAAAACUGAGCAUGGCCCACAGGUUGAUGAUGAACAAUACCAGAAGAUUCUGAGCUAUAUCAACAGCGGAAAACAUGAGGGGGCCAAACUGUUGUGUGGAGGCAGUGCAGCUGCAGACCGUGGUUACUUCAUCCAGCCUACCAUUUUUGGAGAUGUUCAGGAUAACAUGAAAAUUGCCCGUGAAGAGAUCUUUGGGCCGGUAAUGCAGAUUCUAAAGUUUAAGUCUGUAGAAGAGGUGAUUGAGAGAGCCAACGACACUAAAUACGGCCUGGCCGCUGCCGUCUUCACCACGGAUAUCAACAAGGCGCAGUACAUCUCUAACAGUCUUCGUGCUGGCACAGUCUGGAUUAACUGUUAUAAUGUAUUUGGAGUCCAAGCUCCCUUUGGUGGCUACAAGGCAUCUGGGACUGGACGUGAACUAGGAGAAUAUGGCCUGGAAAACUACACUGAAGUCAAAACAGUGACAAUUAAAAUCCCUCAGAAAAACUCGUAAGUGGGAAGUUCCUUGUUUUCGAAGAAACCGGCAACUCGCCAUAAAGAGUACCAUACAGUACAGUAGUCCUCUGACUUUUUGUUUAAACUGAAAUGUUUGUUUCCAGUUAUAUUUAAAACUAUUGUUUACCUCAACCAUAAAUCACAAAUCAUUCAAUUUCAAAAGAACUUAAAACCUAAAUUUAAGGAGAAAAGUUAGAAAAGUAAUCAUAAAAAUACUCUGUUCUGGUUUUUUUUGUUGGGUAAUAUUUUUUGAUGGAGUAUAUUAUAAAUACAAUACUUUUCUACAAUAAAUGCCUUACAGUCUCUUAUGUCUGCCCCCCCUCAUGUUUCUGCAAUAACAGAUUCAGAUUAUUUUUCCAAUUUGAAAAUUAUAUCUUAAAGCAAGACAGAGUUAGCAGGCCAGGUCUCGUAAUUCACCUUAACAUUUUAACCAGUGGUGUAGUACAAGAUUCUGGGGCCCUACCGCAAGAGGCAGGGUGGAAGCCUUUAUUUAAUUUUUUUAAACUAUUCACUCCAGUUUAACACCACCCUGCAGUGCAUGCCAGGGAUUUGAGCACUUCGCUAACUGCUGAUAUUAAGCAGCAAAUACGUUAGUGGGUUACUUGGCAGGUUAUUGGGUUGUAGUACUUUCUUUUUUUCCAUGUUGUUAACUCCCUUGAAUAUGGCUUGAUAAUGAGCUUCUGAUUUCAAUUAAGAUCUUCAUAACCAAGUGUGUAGAAGCUGAGGUGACACUGAACUGCUGAGAUCUGAACCUGCCUGCCUUCCUGAAGUCCAUAAGCUCCAGCCCUAAUCACAAAGCAAGAUAGAUAAUUAAGUUAUUAGGAGAAUACCUGGGGCAGGUAUGUUUUCAUUACAGUUCAGUCUGACUGGUUAGUAGCUGUGUUUUAUCAGAAGCAUUUAGUUUAACCUAAGGCUUUGGUUUUCUUUUGAUCUGAAACUGUUAUGAAUAGACAAUCAUGUUAUGCAAGUACAAAGCUUAUUUUAAUUAAGCAGAUCAGUUGAAAGCAGUACAUAAAUCCUAAAAUGUACCUUUGAAAAGUAUGGGUUGACAGGUCUAUGAAAUUUUCAUGUAGCCCUAAAAUCUUUUUCAAAGUGCAUAUACACUGACAUGCCAGUUUAUUAGGGACACGCAUCUAAUAGUUGUACCCAUAGGCUACCAAUCCCUUUUCAAUAAGUUCUAUGUACGGAGAAAUUAACUGACUAAUGAUAGCCUAAUUGUGCAAAACACGUUUCCAGUGGCCUUCUUUAACAAAUGUGUCGUUUUAAUAAAAAGUACAAAAGGA